AUGUGGUGGCUUCUUAGCCACCUGUGCACCUGCCUCGGCAGGGACAAAGCUGCAAACCUCCUCCCCGAGGAGGAGUCUGGAGGGGGAGUUGAUUAUGGCUACGCCGUAGCCAAGAAUGAACGCGCAAGGAUGGAAGAUGCCAUCGACAUCCGAGAAGACGUUGCUGGGUUUAGGCUCUUUGCAGUCUAUGACGGACACGCAGGGAGUGCAGCUGUCAUGCUCGCAAAGGAAAAUCUCCCCAGAAUCUUGGGACGCUACCUCAAGGACGCUGCGGACGUGGAGGGGGCCAUCAAAGCUGCAUUCCAAGCUGCAGAUGAGGAGGUCAUGCAAGCCCUCUUGGAGAACAAGGCCACGGCUGACAUGGCUGACCUACAAACAUCUUCGGGGACAGCAGAACGGUUGAAGAAUGCGGGGGUCAGCGUGGAAGCCGGCUAUGUUGACGAGCACGUUGCGGUAUCAAGAGCCCUGGGCAACGUGCGCCUCCACACUGGCAUCAAGGUGAAUGGCAUCAUGAACGAGCCUGAGGUGUUCCGGGUGGCGAUUGAUGACGCCGUCGACUUCAUCAUGAUUGGGUCAGAUGGCAUCUGGGAUGCACUAAAAGAGCAGUUUGCUCUGACUCAUGCCCGCAAGGCACUCCGAACCACGGCAAAGCCGGAGGAUGCCGCAGUUUCGAUCCUGCAAAAUGCGGGCAGGGUCAGCAAGGCAGACAACGCUGCAGUGGUUGUGAUUGUGUUCAAGUUUCCGGAGCCGCUGCCAAAACGGCCAGCGGUGCAAAGAAAAUCCUUGACGGCGUUGCAGGAGUCAGCUGCAUAA